AUGCAGGACCAAGAGGACCGGGUUUUCAUGCCGGUCCUGUGGUAUUUCCGUCGCAACGACGGGAGGCUACAGAGUUACAGCAAGGAGGAUAGCGAACUUAUCGAAACCGAGUUCAGUAGCGGCAAGGACGAAGCGCUGAUGUAUGAGGGAAAGUACAAGGUCAUCUUCGAGAGCUUGAAGCAAGUGCGAUGUGAUAGCGGGACCGAGCGCGAGGUCGUGCGAGGAACAUGGCACUUCCAGCGAUCAGAUGGAAGCUUUCAGCCAUAUCCUGCAGACGUUGCGACUCAGCUCGAGGAGGCCUUUGGCAAGGAUGGUGAGAAGGCGAGAGGCGAUUUGUCGCAUCUUGAGACUCGUGGGGGAGCAGGGGAGCUGUGCAAGGAGGAAGUUGCCAUCGGCGACGACAGGUUUGUCAGCGCCGACGAGGAGGGAAGGAUGUUUCAAAGGCGGCAGAACACAGACACAAAGAGACAGGUCCUGAGAGGGACAUGGCUGAUCCUUCAAGGAGAUGGAGCGAAGACAGGGGCAGGAGCAGACGGGGCGUUGAUCGUGCUUCAGGAGGAAGGGGGGAGAGGAGAACGAAAGAACGUGGCGUUGGAGUUGACCAAGGGGUACUUCGAAGGAUACUCAGAAGGGCAGGAGGCGGCCAAGUCACUGAUGGCCUGGUUGGAGCCGGAAGGUCAAGAGCGGGAGGGGGAAGGAGAGGAGGAGGAGAUGGAAGGGAAGAAGGAAGACGUACCUCAUCCGGGGUGUGGCUUGUGGUUCUGGGGGCAAAGCGAGAGGUACCUUGAGCCUCUUCCUGAGACAGACUCCAAGGCACUCGAGCUCGCCUGCGUGCGCGGGAUCUCGAGCCUGACCUUGGCGGUCCGCGGGGACGAGUUUCGGUGCGAGGUGAGGAAGAGGAGGAUGACGUCGUUGCGGACGGGAGAGCCGUUCGUGCUCAUGCGAGGGUCCUGGUUCUACCAGAAGAACAACGGGAGCUUCCAUCCGUUCGAUGAGGAGGUGGCGAGGCUGCUGGAGGACGGCUUCAUCCAGCAGGAUGCGACGAGGGAGCAGCAGAGGAUGUCGGAGAUGGACUCUGAGACCCUGCGGAGGAGGAUCGACAUCGACGAGGAUCGGUUUGUGUGCCGCCGACGACGGGGAGGAUACUGCCAGGUGCGGAAGGGAACAGACACGGUGAGGCUCGUGAUCCGAGGUCACGAGUUGCGCGCGCGCUUCAAGCCCCCGCACGUCCCUGUCUUGGCUGCCUCGCAAGAGGAGGAUGGGGGGGGAAACUUGUCAGAGGAGGACAGCAACUACGACCAGAGGGAAGGAGAGGCCGGGGACUCCUCGUCCAUGUUCCCCUUCGACCAGAAGGGGCAGAAGCAGCUGGAUGAACUCUAUCCCCUCGGGCUCCACAAGCUCUGCGGGGCUCAGAUCUCGGAGGACGACAGCACUUCCAGCGAGGGGGGGAAGGGGAGGACGAGGUGGAUGCAAGAGCUGUCGACGAGGAGCAGCCUGGCGAUAGACGAGGCGCGGUCCAAGAACUCAGAGGCCCUGCAGCAGUACCGAGAUAAGGCGCUUGAACGAGGCCUCGUCGUCCGAGCUGGGGUCGAGACCAUGACGAGGGACAUCCUGCGCAGUCUGACGUCGUUCGGCGAAGUCCUCCCUCCUGAAGUUGCUACCGUUGGAAAACCUUCCAUGCAGCUCGUGGGCAAGGUGGUUGGUUUCACUUCAGUCAUCGGAACUUGGAUCGUAGGCGGAAUCUCCAAUGCAACAGCCAGCGGCAUCACGGUGGUAGAAAAAGCUGCGGACGGGACGCUGGGGGCAGGGCAGGCAAUGCUGUCCGGAGUACAGACUGUCCUGUCUGCAGCACAGGCCGAUAUUCUGCUGGGAGUUGAGGUGAGACAGGAGGAGCAGGAAGAGAGCAGGGAAGGAGGGGAGGAGCAGCGACGGAAGGAAAGAGUGCAGAGGAACAAGCUUGUGGUGGAGGUUCAUGCGGAAAAGCAGCAGCAGCACCAGCACCAGCAGCACCAGCUAGAGUGGGGGGGGGCUGCGAUCUUGGAAACGCUCAUCAUGUAUCAUGAGCUGGAGGUCAAACAUCUCUACACGGACAUCACGUACAUGCAACUUGCGCAAGGAAUCGCAGCCUAUGCCUCUUUGCAGAAGCUUGUUCGUCCACAUUAUUUCCACGAGGGGGCAAUGGAGGCGAUUCUGAAGAAGGAGGAGCCGAGAAAGAUUCCUCGUCCCACAGACGAGACUAUCAGGACCUGGCAGCGAUACAUGCGUAUGUCCUCCUGCGCCUACGGCACUUUCUAUCAGAUCGCCUUCGGAGUUCUCAGUCCUCUCAAAUCACAUCAGAGCAACGAGUUCACCCUACUCAAUCGACUUGGAGUGACCAAGGAGACCAUAUUGCAGAUUGUCCUCAUCAUCUGCGGGUCGAAGGACAACUCCGACUGGCUCAGCAACCUGCGAUGUGCCCACGUGAAGCUGCAGGGGAUAGCGACGGCAGAUACCGACGAGGUGGUUGCGAUGCACGCAGGGAUCUGGGCGACUGCAGCGAACAUGGACGAGAAGAGCUUGAAGCUCGUGCAGGAGGCGCUGGAUGCUCGACCCGACUACCAACUGAUAAUCUGCGGGCACUCACUGGGAGCAGGAACAGCGACUGUGCUGGGGUUGAGGUGGAGGGAGCGAGGUCUCUUUCCCGACAUGAAAGUCUAUGCCUUCGCGAACCCCCCGACGAUCUCGAGCUUGAGAGUGAUAUCACGGACGCAUGAUUUCAUCACAAGCAUUCAGAUCAGCGAUGAUUUCGUGACAAGAUGGUGCAUGGGAAGCUCAACUGACGUAGUCAAGGCUGCUCACGCUCUUGCUUCUGUUGAUGGAGUCGUCGACACUCUCAUCAAUAUCUCAUUGUUCGGCUUCAAUGCAAAGGAGACAACGGUGAAUUGA